AUGUUAUACAGCAAGGGUGAAAAGACUCAAAAACAUGACAGAGAAAAACUGCAGGAAGCAGGGUUGUUAGGAGUGAACCUCGGAGACCAGUAGAACGAGGAAGUGGAAAUUCACGGUCUUCCAUGAACCGGACCCCUACUUGGCAGUCGAGGACUCUCGGAGGACUGUUGUGACAAUUCCACGUUACUGUGGGCUCAGCUCUACGAAUAAAGGCCUCCGACACCCAAUGCAUCACAAUUGUUCUUCCCAGUCCUCAGAUUUUCAAGACAUUCAGAUUGAAAUCUCCACUUUCUUUCUUUCUCUCUCUCUCUUUCUGCAUUUUGGCUAAAAAUAUACAGCAUUAAGUAGGAAGUGACAGAAAAUACUUUCACCCAUGCAUCAUUCCAUAUGCCGCGUUUGAACAUGCUGGCGGAGAAAGUGGAGCAGAUGAUGGAGUGGAGUUCCCGACGCUCCGUGAUCCGUAUGAACGGAGAUAAGUUCCGCCGGUUCGUCAAGGCUCCUCCCCGGAACUACUCCGUCAUUGUGAUGUUCACCGCGCUGCAGCCUCAAAGACAAUGUUCUGUCUGCAGGCAGGCUAAUGAGGAAUACCAGGUGUUGGCUAACUCCUGGCGAUACUCUUCGGCCUUCUCUAACAAACUCUUUUUUACGGUUGUGGAUUACGAUGAAGGGGCUGACGUCUUUCAGCAGCUGAACAUGAACUCUGCCCCCACAUUCAUGCAUUUCCCAGCCAAAGGGAAGCCGAAGAGGGCGGACACCUUUGACCUCCAGCGGAUUGGUUUUGCCUCCGAGCAGCUGGCAAAGUGGAUCGCAGACCGCACCGAUGUGCAGAUUCGGGUUUUCCGCCCACCCAACUACUCUGGGACGAUCGCUCUGGCUCUGCUGGUGUCCCUGGUCGGUGGGCUCCUCUAUCUGCGCAGGAACAACCUGGAGUUUAUCUACAACAAGACCGGCUGGGCCAUGGCUGCAUUGUGUGUGGUGUUUGCCAUGACCUCAGGUCAGAUGUGGAAUCAUAUUCGUGGUCCUCCUUAUGCACACAAAAACCCUCAGAAUGGACAAGUGAGUUAUAUCCAUGGCAGCAGUCAAGCUCAGUUUGUGGCUGAAUCUCACAUUAUUCUUCUGUUGAAUGCGGCCAUCACCAUGGGAAUGGUCCUUUUGAAUGAAGCCGCCACGUCCAAGGGAGACGUGGGUAAAAGAAGAAUCAUCUGUCUUGUUGGGCUUGGUUUGGUGGUUUUCUUCUUUAGCUUUCUUCUCUCCAUCUUCAGAUCCAAAUAUCAUGGCUAUCCUUACAGCUUCCUGAUUAAGUAAAAUCACAUGGUGAAAUGAAAAGAUGUCGUUCUUCAGCAUUUACUCAAUGAACUCAAUUGCUGUUUGUACUGCAACAGAUUGCACGUGUGUACGCAAAAAGAAAUAAACUGAUCUGUUAUCCA